UAAAGUUUACUAUAAAGAGAAAACCAUAGCAAUAUAGAUUUUAUUUAUGAACCUACAUUGGGUUUUUAUCACUGUGUGCGUUGUUAUGCCAUGCGCUAGUGCUUAAACGAUGAAAAUAUUCCAUUUUUACUAACCGAAACCAAAAUGAUUAUAAUAUAGACGAACCAAAUAGGUUAUACCGUCAUAGAUCGCCGUUAAUAAUUUUGAAACAGGACGCAAAGAUCGAUAUUAUUCUCGUUAUUAUGUGGUUGGAAAUAUUAUUGGUUAUCACGGUGUUGUCUGGGACCUUAGCGCUAUUCCUACUGAACGCGGAUCCCGCGGAAAGUGAAAACGAUGGCGGCAUUGGCCCGAAAUCAAGGCCUACCCCCCUUAGUACACGAUGGUCGAGGCUGCAAUUGUUUAAAGACGAGGAGGACGCAGCGAGAAAUGUGAAAACAGUGACUGUGUCCAAAGACACAAUUUAUGCCAUGAUGCAGAGGGGCGUCUACGUCCUUAACGAAGGGGACGUCAAAGUGGACGACGAAGGAAACGCGAUCGACGAUGGAGAGGACGACCGGUGGGCCCGAGAGCUUAUGGAACGCAUGUGCGCCGAACUGGACUUACAACAUCCGAAUGUAAUGUCAUUAAUCCGGCUCGUUAACGAUUAUUGCGAUAAUUUGGAAAAAAUUAUGAACGAAUUCGAAGAGUCACUAUGUCGUUAUAAUAACAGUUUGGCCCAACUUACCGAAAAGCGUAUGGCUGUUGAAAAAGAGAUAAAAAAACAGUCUGCCCAAUGCAAGCAGCCAGACGCCGACGAGAAGGUUGUGGCUACGGCCAACGACGAAAGCAGUCAUCGCCACUGGAAACCACGUCCCGUGUCUAUUAGAGACACAAUCGUUGUGGCCAGCCGGGCCGAUGACGAUUUUCUAACAAUAAUCGAACAAUUCGAAAAGGCGCUAGAGGAACAUCAUAAAUAAAAAUAAUUUUAAAAAUAUUUAUAAAAUGUACUUGCCUAAAUUUUAAAUUAUUUCAAUAAA